GCUGAAUGGCUAAACUUUAAGCAAUUAUUUUUCUUGUUUUAAAACACAAUGGAAUGCCUGUACAUCGACUCUGUUUUUCUAUUGGCUGCCACCAGUGUUGCCUGGUGACGGCUGUGUGCAAACACUCUUUUAAGGAACUCAGAGAGCCAGCUGCUUAAUGAGCCCUGGGAAUUUGCAGGCUACAGGGGAUAAAGCAGAUUCCAGCACUAAGGAAAAAACCUGUAAGGUGCAUUCAGACAGAUCAGCUGAAGGUCUGUUGGGGGUAGACAAGCUGAUGAUAAUGGGUGUGGGAGAUGAAGAUGCUGUCAUCAAGGAAAAAGCACACAUUUUAAUUGAGGAUGUAAUCAGGGAUGCAAAAGAGCAUCUUCGAGAUUUGCAAGAAAAAGAGAGAGAAGCUGAGUACAUCAUCCAAAACAUUCAAUGGACCUCGUGCAAGGACUUUACAGUGGAGAGGGGACAGCAGCAAAUUGAGGAAUACAUGUCACAGACGUGGGAGUUUCAUGAGAGCUGGCUUCACUGGUCAGACUACCUCCAGGAACAAGAAAUGAAGUACAGCAAGAGGUACCAUUACCUGGUUCGCUGGAGCAUCCCAACAUGUAGGAAGCCCAUCCCACGAACAACAGCAUGCAUCUAUUUCAUCAUUGAGAUCUCCAAAAUUAAGCCACCUACCUUGCCAGUUGAGGUAUUCUUCAUUUUGGAAUCAAAUAGGUUCAUUCACAGACCAGGACAGUGUCGGUUUAGAGAAAAGUGGCUCAAAGACAUCAUUGAAAGCAAGAGAAUUCUCAUGGACAGCAUAACUUUCUAAAUAAACAUUUGCUUCAGAUUAAAUCCAGUUCAAAAGGGCACCUACAAUCUGUUGGUGUUAUAUAGAAAUAAACUAAGGGCACUGGAACAGGCUUUAUUGUUUUGCCUUUCCUUCUCUUUUACUAGCUCUUCUGAAUUAGAUCCUACAAGAAUGGUACCUGGCUACUACAUCAUGAACACAAGUUUUAAAUUAGUGUGACAUUAACAUGGACAGCUUAAGGACCUGAUCUUGCAACUGGCUCUGCACAGAUGCAUAGAUAAGGCCAGCAGAAGAGAGUUCCAAGAUCAAGAUAUACAUAGUUUAAAAUGAUGAGAGGUAGGUUAAGCCUAAUGCUCUGUUAAAACAAAGUUUGUAAAUCCAACAGAAGUGGAUAACAGGAUUUCUGAAGUUUUUAUGGAAAUCUACCACAGGGUGUAAGUAUUUCCACCCCUCAGAACUAGAAACCAGGGAUUUUAAAAGUGCAUUCAGAUGCUUUUCUUUUUUUUUUUUUUUUUUUUUUUUAAGUAUAUAAGAAUGAAUAAGUUAAAGGAUAUACAGGAUACUCAUUUUGGAAAUAUGAUGACCAAAUGACAAUGGGGGAAUACUGGAUAAGAAUUGAUCGGGAGCAGGCCUCUAACUGCAAAUCUUAAGAGGUUAAUACUACUGAAAAAAGAAAAUUAAAAUACAAGGAGUUAAAAUAAUAAGGGUUUAAUCUAGAAGAUUUCCAAAAGCAAAGAAAUUCAGAACUGGAAUCAAAAUCCAUCCUCUGUUACUACCUCUGUAUUUUCUGGACUUCUAAACACUGGUUACUACUGCCCCCCACCUGAGAGAUAUAUCUAUGUACAGCAGCUAAGCAGAGAAGGAGAAAGCUUUUAGUUCUUUCAUUCAGUGUCCUGGGCUUUUGGAGGUUCUAGGCCAGACCCUUAAAGUUACUACUUCUAUAAUAUACACUGCUUGUGAUCUUUUUUAAAAUAGUGGAAGCCAAGAUCUAUUAAAUUACAAAUAUAUUUCUAUUUACAAAUGGAAUCUGAACCACAAGCCAUGAAGUGAGUUUUCUUCCUCAAAACAACUAAAAGGAAAUCAUAAAUGUACAGUGUGUAAAGAACUUUUCACAAGUACAUCAUAAAUGAACAAUCAUCAAAUCUAAAUGGAUAUUUAGGAAUUCCUUAUUUUUUGCUACAAAUAGUUGUCUGUUCAUGGUGGUGAAAUCUAGUCUGAUUUUGUCCAUGCUGAUUAACCAAAAUAAAUGGAAGAUAGUUAUGUUUCAUUUCACCAGCAGCAGACCAGCUGAUGAUGGUAUCCUGUUGUGUCCAUAUCCAGGUCUAAUACAGUGCAUUACCAUCUUGUAGGAUCAUGAAUCUCCCUGAGUGCUCCUCAGUCUCAUUCAGGAUUCUGUACUUCCCCUAAUGGCAGUUGCCUACAGCUGGUGAAUGAGUUGUCCAAGAAAGCCUAUUAAGGGUGAUUGUUUCUUGAUACAAAUGAUCCAGUCCUGAGAAAUGCAUCUCAUUGGGUGGAAGGCACUGCAGUACUUUACAGCUGUUUCCAAGUCACAAGAAGGGGAUAGCUUCUGUUUACUACAAUCCGUGCUGUACAAUUGGG